GGGGCCCCUGUGUCCUUGGCCAAACUCAAAAAAGCCUAUGAAAAAGGUACCAGGGGCAUCUCACGGGGCCCCCUACUGACCUCGGGCCCAAGCAAUAGGGGAUCAUGGGGCCCCUGUGUCCUUGCCCACACUCAAAAAAAGCCUAUAAAAGGUACCAGGGGCAUUUCAUGGGGCCCCCUACUGACCCCGGGCCCUCGGGCAGCGCCCGUGUUCUCGAAUGGUCAGUCCGCCCCUGGCCUUUACAACCACUUAAAGUCCAAUGAAUGAAAGGGGCAGGUCAGGGA